AUGCAGUUCUUCAACACCAUUCUCUCAGCAUUCUUGCUCGUUGGAGCAGCCAUGGCACAGGGCGACGUGACCGUCCACGUCGUCAAAGUCGGCCUCAACGGCUCCCUUACUUUCUCGCCUGAUAGCAUCCAGGCCAACCCCGGAGAAAUGGUUCAGUUCCAGUUUAUGGCAAAGAACCACUCCGUCGUCCAAUCCGCCUUCUCUUCCCCCUGCGCACCCAUCAACACCGUCAUGUCAAACGUCACUGGGUUCCGAUCCGGCUUCAUGCCCGUCACAAAUAGCGUUCCCGUCUUCUCGAUUAUGGUCAACGACUCAAAGCCUAUUUGGGCUUAUUGCAGCCAGACCGGUCAUUGUGGAAAGGGCAUGGUUUUUGCUGUUAACGCUCCUGCAACUGGAGCCAAGACCUUCCAGGCAUUCCAGGCCUUGGCCAUGAAUGGUACUAGCACCUCGACCACAUCAACCGGUUCAACUGGUACUUCAAGUGGUUCUUCCAGCGGUUCUUCUAGUGGUUCUGCCAGCGGUGCUGCUGUUCCAUCGUCAUCUGGUGUUCCCAAGGCCGGUGACGGCGCCAAGCCGCUUGUCAACAUGGCACUUCUCGUGCUUGUUGGUGUCUUUGGGUUGUUUUUCGUUGGCCUAUAG